CGAAUCGCUCUGCUCCAUUCCCACUUUACACUUCAUUCUCCCUGAAGCCCUUUCACCUUCCGCCUUCAACAGCAUUCACAUGGACCCACAACAGCAGCAGCACCAACACGCCCACCUCGCCAAUGCCGCUGCUUGGCAGGUACCCCCUCACCCUGCUUAUAUGACGGCUACCCCUCCUAUGCAGCACCCUCAGCAGGCAGCCCAGCAGCACCCUGCAUACCAUCAGUAUCAGCAGCACCCAGGCAUGAUGGAACAGCAGCAUUAUCCUCUAAGCCAUGCCCCCCACCAUAUGUCCGUAGCUCCACCCGUCGGUGUCCAUGCGCAAGGAUAUGGCAUGCCACCCCACGAACCUCCUCGUGGUGCCGGCAGCGGUGGCCGUCGAUCACCCGCUCCCUACCGGGGUUCUUACCGGGACCGAUCUUACUCCCCGCCUCCUCGCCAUCGUAGAACACCCUCGCCCAGAGGCGGAUACAGAGAUUCCCGUGGGUAUGACCGCGAUAUGGAUUACCGCGGACAUGAUCGAGGAUACGACCGCGGCUAUGACCGAUCAGACAGGGGUUAUGAUCGUGGUCACAGCAGAUACGAUCGUGGCUACGAUCGUGGCUACGACCGAGACUAUGAUCGCGGUUAUGGCGGACGUAGUUAUGGACACCGUGCUCGCUCUCCUCCAAGACGCUCAAGAACCGUCCUUCGUGGCACGAAAGAAGAUCGUCUGGCGUCCAAGACGCUGUAUGUUGGUAACAUUCCAUACAGCUUCCGCGAACCCGAGGUCGAGGAGAUGUUCAAGAGAUUCGGUACCAUCGUCAAGGUCACUGUGGUACUAGAUCAGUACACCGGUCGUAACAAAGGGUAAGAGCUGGAGUGUACUAUAAGUUCUUUCAUCAGUAUGGAGGAUAGAGUAAAUGAAUGAUGGCGAUCGAUCUUUUAUUUACCAAUAC